AUGGCUGCCGCUGAGAGUUCUGCGCAACAGGCCGAAGUCAUGUCAAUCGCAUCUCCUAUCAACCUCAUCCUCAUCUCCCUAUUUGCCGUACUGGUGUACUUCCACCUUCGCCCUAAAGCGCCCAUCGAUCUUCCGCAAGGCCCACCCCCCGUCGUAUUCCGUACUUAUACCCCCAACACUUUGGUGGAGUUCAAUGGUCAGGACGGAAAGCCAAUCUAUUUUGCCGUGCGGGGUCGUGUAUUUGACGUCUCACCUGGCAGAAACUUCUAUGGACCGGGUGGCCCUUACGAGAAUUUUGCCGGCCGUGACGCAUCCCGCGGAUUGGCCCACCAGAGCUUUGAUGCUGAGAUGUUGACGGAGGAUUUGAAUGGCCCUCUGGAUGAUCUUAAGGACCUGGAUGCUGAGCAGUUAGAGAACCUGCAGUCGUGGGAAGACCGCUUCUUGGAGAAGUAUCUCGUUGUUGGCAAAUUGGUUGCCGAGGGUGAUCUCGAAGCCACAAAGUCGUGA